GACUGCGCAUGCGUAAAUAAUUUUAUGAAUGAUUAUAUACUGCAGUUUGUCGCAUCUCUCAUUUAUAUGAAUUAGAUAGUUUAUCGAUAUACAUUAAUCUAAAGUGCGUUCGUACUGAGUAGGAUUAAAGCAAUGUCAAGUGGACCAAACACAUCGAUAAUCAUGGAUGGAAAGCGGAAGCUGAACCAGUUUGGAGACUACACUGAUGUCAGUAACAUGACUGUAGACGACUGGGACUAUCGCUGGUCACUAGAUCAAACAAAAUUUCACAUGCCAGUUGUCCACCCAAUGCUCAAAAAACACAUACAAAAAUUGACAUUGGGGAAGAAUCGACAAACAGUAUUUGUUCCACUUUGUGGAAAAUCGUUGGAUCUGAAUUGGUUGAUAGAGCAGGGACAUGAUGUGGUUGGAAAUGAAUGUGUCGACGCAGCCUGUAAACAAUUCUACGAGGAAAACAAAAUACCUUAUACAACAGAAAAACUUAAUGGAAUUGAAGGAGUAUUAUACAAGGCAACUGAUGGAAAGUCGAUUAAAAUAUACAGAUGUGACUGUUUUGAUCUGUCAAGCAAGUUGUGUGGUAAAUUUGACUGUAUUUGGGAUCGUGGUGGAUUUGUUGCUCUUCCAGUAAAGGAGAGAAAACGGUACGCUAAUGUUAUCAAGAGCCUUAUGAAGCCCGACUGUCGGUACCUGCUCGACUGCUUCUUGGUUGAUAAUACCACGUUUGGAGGUCCGCCUUUUAAUUGCACGGAAGAAGAUGUUUCAAAAUGUUUCGAACAAUUUUGUGGCAUACAAAAAAUAGACGUCAAAAAUGCUUUCACGAAAUGGCAGGAAUCUUGGGGAAUAAAGACAUUCAUUGAAGAAGUUUACAUGCUAAAACCAAAAUAACAUUAGAAAUGUGGUCGUUCAACAACAAGAGUCAGCAGACGACUUGUUAAAGCUACCAAUCUUAAGUUUUUAUUUAUUAGAAACUUAUUCUUCUCUCGUCUCACCUUUUUUAAGAACACAAGCAAAAUAUAAUAACAACAUUAAGAGUGAAAAGGUGUGGGACCGUCUAGUCAGAGUCUUUGUUAUAAAACCUAUUUGACUGCCCAGUUUCUGACCCAAAAUAAAGCUACCUAUUAGUCUUUGCUUUAAAUUUUGUAAUAGAAUCUACAAGAUUUUUGUGUGAAAUAAAAUUUGAUGUAUUUGAUAAUGUACACGCAAACAUAACGUUUCGUCCAAAUCUUGGAUACAUAGGUCUCCUCUUAAAAUCAACAGGAGAAUUAAGUAUGUUAAUCCGUUGUGAUCACCUUAACCACAACCUCGUUUAAAUUUCAUCAGCAGAACCAUUCCCAAUCAACUUUCUCUGGAAACUAUAACACAAACUUUUGUGUUCCUGGUAGAGAAGAAACUAUCUCCUUAUGUAUUGCUUACAUACCUCAUCAAGGACCCUUUUUGAGAUUGUAUUGCUUACAUACCUUAUCAAGAACUCGUCGAUAUCUUCAUCCAUCAUCUGCUGUCUCAGUCUCUGAAAACUCAACAUAUGAAGUUGUCUCUCUGUUGCUUAGGAAACUGUGUGAAACAAUGGACAUUAAUUUUAGAACAAGUGAAACGAUAGACACCAAUACAACUAUGGAUUGUGUCAGAAAUUGUGUAAUAUUAUGUAAAUUUUGUAUGCAAUGCUGCAACUGUAAAUAACUAAAAUGAACACAAACAUUUCUAAGAAGAUGCAUUUUGGUGUCUUCAUGACAUAAAUGUCGCCCCCAAGCAGCGUUUAUUGAGAUUGUCUAUCCGCCGUUGACAUGUCAUUCAUGAUCCUGACAAGUAUGCAUAUGGAAAAUCAGUUUUCUUCGACUUAUGAAAUAAUUUGUAAUACUCUUUUUCAUAGAAAUAUGAACAUCUCUUUGAGACGUGUAAGUGUUAUGUUCCGUCUUAACAAAAAUAUCUGUAAAAUAGUUUUCUAUGACCGGGGAAAAACAUUUCAAUGUGCAUAUGUUUAUGAAUUCAUUUCUGUCUGUUCAGUGGGUGGAUUCUUAGUAAAACUGCUAUUGAGGACCCGUACAUGAACGUUGUAUAAACAUAAAUGUAUGGCUUAUAGUAUUCAGUAAAUUUUGAUAUCCUUAUUAAAAGAAAUAGUUUUUUUUUUUAUUUUUGAGUUACCGAUAACCAAAGUAAAUGGUACAUAUUAAAUCAAAGCACAGAGGUUGAUGAUACGUAGUUGAUUAAAUGGGUAAAUGGGUAGAUAGGCAAAUCAAUUAGUUUUUUUUUUUUUUUGGUUUUUUUUUUGGUGAUUUUAAAAGAAAUUUGUAGUGUAUGCGAAUAUAAUGAUAGUGUGAUAUUUUUCAUCUUUUAUUUGUCAUUUACUUUUGUUUUGUAAAUAUUCAGGAGCAAUAAAAUGAAAUCUUACUGCUUA